GCAGCGCUGGCAGGAGCAGGGGCUGUGCGAGAGCCGGCGGCAGCAGCAUGCGUGCGGCGUCUGGGGCUCAGGGCGCGAGAACCACGUAAGGUGCCCGCCGGAGCCUCCUCCCCCGCCUGCCUCUGCUUCCCCCAGCAGAAACUUCACGGCUCCCUCCUGCGUGGUCCGGGCUUCUCCGGGGGGGCUUGACGCCGACAGCCGCAUGCAUGACACUCCGAAAAGGAGAGAAAAUGACCAUAAGUAUCCAGGAACACAUGGCUAUUGAUGUCUGCCCCGGCCCCAUCAAACCCAUCAAGCAGAUCUCUGACUACUUCCCCCGCUUCCCCCGCGGGCUCCCCGCCGCCGUCGGCCGCAGCAGCUCCCUGCGCUCCGCUGUCAGCCAGCCCUCCGUCAGCCCCGCCGAGGCCCCCCGCGAAGAGGACGAGGACGUAGACCAGCUUUUCGGGGCGUAUGGCACGACACCCGCCGAGCAGCCAGCCAAGUGCCCAGCGCCUGAGGAAGUGGUGGACCCUGAGGGCUACGAGUCAGAUGACUGCACCACGCUGGGGACGCUGGAUUUCAGCUUGCUCUACGAUCAAGAAAACAACGCACUGCACUGCACGAUCAAUAAAGCCAAGGGCCUGAAGCCGAUGGACCAUAAUGGUUUGGCCGAUCCGUACGUCAAAUUGCACUUGCUUCCCGGAGCCAGUAAGGCGAACAAGCUGAGAACCAAAACACUUCGCAACACGCUGAACCCCACCUGGAAUGAGACGCUCACCUACUACGGCAUCACUGACGAGGACAUGAUCCGCAAGACCCUGCGGAUCUCAGUCUGCGACGAGGACAAGUUCCGCCACAACGAGUUCAUCGGGGAGACGCGGAUCCCACUGAAGAAGCUGAAGCCCAACCAGACCAAAAACUUCAACAUCUGCCUGGAGAAGCAGCUGCCGAUAGAUAAAACAGAAGACAAGUCACUGGAGGAGCGUGGCCGGAUCCUCAUCUCCCUCAAGUACAGCUCGCAGAAGCAGGGGCUGCUGGUGGGCAUCAUCCGCUGCGCCCAUCUGGCCGCCAUGGACGCCAACGGCUACUCCGACCCCUACGUCAAAACUUACUUGAAACCAGACGAGGACAAGAAAUCAAAGCAUAAGACAGCGGUGAAGAAGAAGACGCUGAACCCCGAGUUCAAUGAGGAGUUUUGCUACGAGAUCAAGCAUGGUGACCUGGCAAAAAAGACCUUGGAAGUCACAGUGUGGGACUACGAUAUCGGGAAAUCGAAUGAUUUCAUAGGUGGAGUCGUGUUAGGAAUUAACGCCAAGGGCGAGCGGCUGAAGCACUGGUUCGACUGCCUGAAAAACAAGGACAAGAAAAUCGAGCGCUGGCACACGCUAACGAACGAGCUGCCGGGGGCCGUGCUGAGCGACUGAGCCCCGCGGGGCUGCUCCCUCGGGCACCGCUCUGCCGCCCGCGGCCUUGGACUCCUCUCGGCUCCGGCUUUGGGUGCGGGGGCUCGCGGUGCCGGGAGAGCGGGACACCCCGCACCACGGCCCGGCGGCGGGGACACCCUGCCAGGGAACGCGGCAGCGGCCGUUUGCUCUGCUCGGCAGGUCCCGGCCCCUAAGGCUUUUCCAAAACGCCUCUUUGCACCCUGACACACUCACACACACACUCACGAGUGUGCACACACACACACACACACGUGCGUGUGCUCACGCACACAGACACCACACGCCUGCAUGCACUGCGGCUCCGGCUCCUCUCCCGACUCUUCGCUCUACUGAAUUACCUUCUUGCUGCCUUGCAAUUCAGUGACAAAAAUGAAUGCGUCCGCCUCUGUUUGCGUAUCUAAUAUGAGCAAAAGGCGUCACUAAAACCCGGAACUAUUUUCUCAAGGCGAUUGUGUCAUAUUUCUGGUGGUUUGUCAGUCUCUGUGGUUUUGGGCCUAAACAGUCUUUUAUGCAUUUAAAGCUCCUCUGUCUGAAUGAUUGUGUCCCCUGAUCACCUCGGAAGACUGUUUGCUUUUCUUCCAGGGAUGUUGUGCUCGUCCUCUCCGAUAGCCCGCGUGAUUUAGCCAGCAAGCUGGCAGGGCUCUGCAGACCACGGCUUCCCUCUCACGGUCCCCGUGUGCAGAAGUUUGGGACAAAACAAAAAGCUGAGCAAAGUCACUGACCAAGCAGCGAAGCCUCACGUCAACUGCUCUCCCAGUAAACCCAGGCUUCGGCACAGGUAUUUUUUUCAGCAAAGACGACUUAAGGCUAAAUUUUUGUAGCACUUUUCCUUUAUUCAUCCUUUUCCAUUUCAUGCCAUUACUUAAAAUCACUGGGGGCCAAACCAGCAUCGCACUUGCAGAUGCUCAGCUGCAGCGUGGCCGUCGGGUUGAUCCAUUUUCUGCCUCAAACAGCAUCCAAAACAAUUUUUUUGCGUACAGCACGGUAAUAGUAUAACAAUAUAAUAUAAUUUAAUUAUAAGAAUUUGUGUUCUCAUCCUCCAUCACGGUUGGUUUCUGCAUCCUCAUCCCACCGGGCGCCACCUCUUGUGCACACACGACGUGGUCGGCAAGAGCCAAUGCCCAGUGGGAUGAGCUAAAAUAUCUGUUAACUGCUACAUCUUGCCAGAAAUUUUUGAAGCCUUUAAACCAUGUUUUCUUAGGAAGAGCUGCUGUUCGGUCUGAAUUACCUCCAGCUUCUGAGCCCUGUAACUCUGUGUGUGUGUGUGUGUGUGCGUGUAUGUUGCCAACUUCUGGUUUGGUUUUGGGUUUCUUUUUGGAAAGCAAUUGGGUCUCUGGAAACCUACGUUUACUUUUUGAAGUGACGAUCGUGUUACACCUUGUUUGAUAUGGGGAGGGGGGAAAUAAUAAAACAACAUUCAUAGGGUCUUUUUUAAUAACUUGAUAUUUGUAAUGCAUUCUACAGAUAUGCAUGGAUUUUAUUUGAAUGCCGGCAGCGUGUCAUGUAGGAUGUUCCUGAUAAUUUUCUCUCUCUUAUCACUGGUCCAGCACCUUAAAACCUGGUUUAGGUCUGAGCUUCCAGGAGAGCUAUGGGGGCACUGGGUCUCCUGUGCCUCCCUUUUCUUGCAAAGUUACUUUUAAUCCAUCACUUGUUUCAGCACAUUUUGCCAUAAACCUGGUUUAUGCCUGAGGAAUAGGACAUUGUUUGUGUGGGGGGUUCCUUCACUUUGUAUCCCAGUCUUUUCUAAGCAGAUGGUCCGUCUGUCCAUCCAUCCCAGCUGCAUGCAGAGUGGUGGCCUCGUGAAAUGUUUGAUACCGAUGUUUUGCUACCAUGUGAAGGCUGCAGAAACUGCCCUUACCUGCAUCCUAAAAGACUUUUUGUAUUUAAGUAUUAUCUAUCUGUGUACUUUUUGUCAGAUUUGUUAAUAUUUAUAAUGAGAACCCCAAAUAAAAAGGGGAAAAAAAGUGCA